AUGCGAAUUGUCUACUUCUUCGCUCUACUAUUUUGCCUCGUCACCACUCCGGUAACUGGGGGAUGUUUCGGAUGCCUCUCUAAGAAGAAGAAGGAGAAGACUAAUAAUAAGCCUAAGCAGGCGGAAGAGAAUUUCGGUCAGAAGUCGAGCGAUGAUCAUGAAGGAUUACGGUCCCUCAGAGUGGGUCGACUUAACUUCACCCGCAUUGUGUCCUCUCCCCGUCCUGAGGAUAUCUCUCACCGUCUUGCCAACCGUAAUUCGCUCAG